GCUUGAAAAUUAUUCUUCCAAGCAAGUUUCAUAGUUUUGUCCACAGACCUGUCAACUGGAGACGUCUCGUUUCACUGUGAUCUAAAAAAAAAACAAGUCUUCUCUAACCUGCCGCCUGGGCCUGGUGGUACAGGUCGAGUGGUGCUUGGCUAUUUUAGUACCUCGAGGGAGGAAUGCGACAGUUGCCGUUGAAGAAGCAGAUAAAACUGAUUCAUCUGAGCGACUCUUCAGACCACAUUUACUCCAGUAAAUUCUCAGGAAACGCUGCAGCAACGAUGGAGAGCGUGGCCAUAUUCGACUCGCCUGGGAAGGGAAGGGGUCUGAAGGCUACCAAGGAGUUUUGGGCAGGAGACGUUAUUUUCUCUGAAGCCAGCAUCGCAGCCGUUGUAUUUGACAGCCUCGCCGAGCGUAUUUGUCACAACUGUUUUCGCAGACAAGACAAGCUCCAGAGGUGUGGCCAAUGCAAAUUCGCCCACUACUGUGACCGUACCUGCCAACGCGCCGCCUGGCCCGAACACAAAGUCGAGUGCGGUGCAAUCAAAGCUUACGGAAAAGUCCCGAAUGAGAACAUCCGGCUUGUGGCCCGCAUCAUGUGGCGCCUUGACAAGGAGGGGAGCGUGGUUUCUGACAUGCAGCUGACCACGCUGGACGAGCUGGAGGACCACAUCAACGACAUGCAGGAAGAGGACAUGAAGGAGCUUAAAGUGGACGUCCACAACUUCCUGGACUACUGGCCUCGAACCAGCAAGCAGCACACAAUCGACUCCAUCUCACACAUAUUUGGAGUGAUCAACUGUAACGGCUUCUCUGUCAGCGACCAGAGAGGUCUGCAAGCUGUUGGAGUUGGUCUUUUUCCCAACCUGUGUUUGGUAAACCACGACUGCUGGCCAAACUGCACAGUGAUCCUCAACCACGGCAAUCAGUCGGCUGUGAAUACUGUGUUUCAUUCUCAACGGAGGAUUGAGCUGCGCGCUCUGGGUAAGAUCUCCGACGGGGAGGAGCUCACAGUCUCCUAUGUGGACUACUUGAAUUUAUCAGAGGAGAGGCAACGGCUCCUGAAAACACAAUACUUCUUUGACUGCACGUGUGACCACUGCAAGAACAAAACCCACGAUGAUGUGAAGAUGGGAGGAAAGGAAGAGGACGGAGCCAAGCCUUCAGAGGAACAAGUGAAAGAGGCAACAGAUUACUGCUUCCAGAUGAUGGAGAAGAUGGAUAAAGCUCGGCUGGACGGUGACUACCACGAGGUGGUAAAAAUCUGCAGACAGUGCAUCGAGAAGACCGAGCCGAUUCUGGCCGACACUCACAUCUACCUGCUGAGGAUGUGGAGCACGAUGAGCGAGGUGCAGGCUUACCUGCAGAACUUUGAGGAAGCAGCAGAAUACGCCCGCAAAAUGGUGGAGGGAUACAUGAAAUUGUACAACCCGAACAACGCUGCUCUGGGGAUGGCCGCCAUGAGAGCAGGAGUGACGCACUGGCAGGCUGGGCUGAUAGAAGUUGCACACGGGAUGAUCUGCAAGGCUUACGCCAUCCUGAUGGUCACUCAUGGUCCGACACAUCCCAUCACCAAGGACCUCGAAGCGAUGCGAAUGCAGACAGAGAUGGAGCUCAGGAUGUUCAAGCAGAACGAGUACGUCUACCACAGCAUGAGAGAAGCAGCUCUGAAAAACAAGCCGAUGACCAUGAUGCACGAACCCAAAUCGGUCGAGGAAGGAAUCAAGAACCUGUUCCACCGGAGGAAGUAGUUCCGACUGGACUAGCAGAGAGCAAUUUUGCAUGUUUAUAUAAGAAUCUAUUCUCCAACAAGUUUCAUGACCAAUUUCUGUAUUGCUCACAUUUUGUAGCUUCAUUAAAACUUUGUUUCAAGUUGA